CCACAUUUUAUUUAAAGAAACUCUAGCCUUUUUAUUUCUAAGUAACUUUCAUCUUCUUUUCUAUUAAUAGCAUAGGUACCAAAAGUCAUUUUAUUUGUCAGGAUUGUAAAAUAAUGGCUAAGUGGCAAUGUUUCAUAAUUGUAAUUUUGUAUUGCAACCUGAUCUGUUUGCCUGAUGUGGAUAGUGUUCACAAUACCUGGCUGUUUUGCCUAGUAGGAGGGUAUCUACAGUAUGUAAGACCUGGAGUUAACCUUAUCUGUUCUGGGAGGGGAUUGCAGGACAAUGACAGCUCUCACCUGCUGAUCCCUCCUCCUGAGCUUCGUUUCUUUAUUAACCCUCCUUUUGGCUCAAUCAUUCCUUCCCCACCUAGCUUGUUACAAUCACUGCAUCUUAUAGCAUACUGCCUGUCCCUGCCUUUCAGCUUUAGCUAUCUGCCCCUAGAGUUUACAUCUUGCCCUUGCUUUUGGCUGCACUUAUUUGCCCCCUUUAUCCUCUCAGCUAUAGAUAACUUCCCUUUGAUUCUAGUGUCUUCUCCUUAUCCUAUAUCUGAGCACAUCCUUUCUGGGCACUUGUGAUCUAAAACAGAAGCUAUAUUUAUUUUACUAUGGUUACUCCGGGGGACAUUGGCUCUUUUACAGUUUGGGACUACCUGGUGUUUGCUCUGAUGCUGCUGAUCUCAGCAGUUAUUGGAAUCUAUUAUGCUUUUGCUGGGGGUGGACAGAAGACCUCUAAAGAUUUCCUGAUGGGUGGGAGAAGCAUGACUGCCGUGCCUGUGGCCCUAUCCCUAACUGCCAGCUUCAUGUCUGCAGUUACAGUGCUGGGCACACCAGCAGAAGUGUACCGCUUUGGAGCCAUGUUCAGCAUAUUUGCCAUCACAUACGCCAUAGUGGUGGUGAUCAGCUCAGAAGUCUUCCUGCCGGUGUUCUACAGACUGGGCAUCACUAGCACUUAUGAGUACCUUGAACUCCGCUUUAAUAAGUUUGUCCGGCUCCUCGGGACUAUACUUUUCAUCAUACAAACGAUUUUAUACACUGGAAUUGUUAUUUAUGCUCCUGCUUUGGCUUUAAAUCAAGUGACUGGGUUUCACCUGUGGGGUGCUGUUGUUGCCACUGGGGUGGUUUGUACCUUCUACUGCACAAUGGGAGGUCUGAAAGCUGUGGUCUGGACAGACGUGUUCCAAGUUGGGAUUAUGGUGGCUGGCUUUUCAUCUGUAAUUAUAAGAGCAGUUGUGGUUCAGGGUGGCAUUGGACCUAUUUUGAAUGAUUCUUACUAUGGAGAUAGAUUAAAUUUUUGGGAUUUUAAUCCUAGCCCUCUGCAAAGACAUUCCUUUUGGACAAUUGUUGUUGGAGGAACGUUUACUUGGGCAGGAAUUUAUGGAGUAAACCAAUCUCAAGUUCAGAGAUACAUUGCUUGUAAAACCAGGUUUCAGGCUAAAAUGUCUUUGUAUGUGAAUCUUCUUGGACUUUGGGCAAUUCUGGCUUGUGCUGUAUUGAGUGGAUUGGCCAUGUAUUCAAUUUAUAAAGACUGUGAUCCCUGGACUGCCAAGUUUGUGUCUGCCCCAGACCAGCUGAUGCCGUACCUGGCUUUGGAUAUUCUGCGGGAUUACCCAGGACUCCCAGGGCUUUUUGUUUCAUGUGCUUACAGUGGGACAUUAAGUACGGUUUCCUCCAGCAUAAACGCUUUAGCUGCUGUAACAGUGGAAGACCUUAUAAAGCCUUACUUCAAAUCCCUCAGUGAAGCGAAGAUGUCUUGGAUCUCCAAAGGAACAAGUCUCAUAUAUGGGGCAAUAUGCAUUGCAAUGGCUGCUCUGGCAUCUCUGAUGGGUGGCUUGUUACAGGCAGCUCUGUCUAUAUUUGGCAUGGUUGGGGGUCCUUUGCUGGGCCUGUUUACCCUGGGGAUCAUCUUCCCGUUUGCUAAUUCACUAGGUGCUGUAAUUGGUCUCCUGUCUGGCUUUACAAUCUCCCUGUGGGUUGGCAUCGGAUCCCAGAUUUAUCCCCCGCUUGCAUCCAGCAAUUUAGCCAAACCUCUCUCACUAGUGGGCUGCAAUUUCACCAGCAUUGAAAGUAACUGGACUUCCACUGUGAUGCCCAUGAUGACAACCCUAUUUCCCGAAACACAAGUCAGCAGCAGGCCAGAACUUGCAGAUAGCUGGUACUCGCUAUCAUAUCUGUAUUUCAGUACUCUUGGGACACUAGUUUCAGUUAUAGUUGGUCUAAUAGUCAGCUUGCUUUCAGGAGGGUUAAAGCAAAAUAUAAACCGGGAUUUCCUCUUAACAUCUGAAGACUUUUCCUACUUGAAUGUUCUGUUCUCUUCUUGCAAAAAGAAAGGGGAAGAAAAAGUUGAAGUGCUGAACUGGAAGGCACGUAGUACAGAUACUUAUGUGGAACAAGGCACAGAUAACCCCACAUUUAAUCAUAUGGAAAUGACCUCUACGGAAAAAAGAGAGAAAAUGAAUGGAAUUAUUGCUUAAAAUCUGUCAUAUACUUUUCUGUUUAAUAAAGAAGAAACAUCAUGUGGACAAGCUGGAACUCAACUGCCAAGUUUAAGAUAUUUUCAAAGGACAGACAUGUGCAUUAACUUACUGAAAGGCAGUUUCACGGACAUUGAAAAAAAAACACUUUCACACCUGUUCUUCCUAUUUAUAGAUUGUAUUAAAUGUUUAUUAGAUUCAGAACUGCAAGUUUAUACAAUUCAGACAAAGCAAGCUGUACAUGGCAGUUACACUGAAGAGGACAUAACUAGCACUAAAUGCUCCCUAUAUCAUCCUGAAGUGGAUGUCCCAAAUAAUGAUAUUUAACCUGCUGGUAUUCAAGGGUUGAAUAGUCAAUUAGAAUUCUUAUUUUCAAGUUUAAAAAUUCAUACAUUUCAUUUUCUUCAGCUGCUUU